AAUGCACCUUUUAAGUGGGUUUGCCAGCCGCCAUUAAAAAGAGGAAGAAGAAAAAGAAAGAGAAGGACUUUUAUUUUGUUCUGCCGUUGUGACGUCAUACGGCUGCGACGCACCGCGCUCUUGCUUCUGAAGAAAGAGUGUCUCAGAUCCACGUGGCUCUUGUAAAGAUGGCGUUUAUUAAAGAGGAAAGUGAAGACAUGAAGAUUGAAGAAGCAUUCAGAGUCAAACGAGAAGAAUCUGAGGAAAAACCAGGUCUGAAGGCGCUGAAAGAGGAGGGUGAAAUACAAAUUGAAAUGGAAGAGGAAGUUCAGUGUGAGAAACUGAGAGAUUUCAAAACUGGAGAAAAAGCUUUUAAAUGCUCACAGACUAAAAAAACUUAUUCAAGAAAAAGAACUCAAAAGACAGGGAAUAGAAGUUAUUUCACCUGCCAACAGUGUGGAAGAAGUUUCACUGGAAAGGGAAGCCUUCAAGUCCACAUGAGAAUUCACACUGGAGAGACCCCUUUCACCUGCGAACUGUGUGGGAAGAGCUUCUCACUAGAAGGAAAUCGUAAGACUCACAUGAAAAUUCACACCGGAGAGAAGCCUUUCACAUGCCCUCAGUGUGGAAAGAGCUUUAGACAUAAAGUAUCCCUUAAAAACCACAGGAGUGUUCACACUGGAGAGACCCCUUUCACCUGCGAACUGUGUGGGAAGAGCUUCACACUAGAAGGAAAUCUUAAGACUCACGUGAAAAUUCACACCGGAGAGAAGCCUUUCACAUGCCCUCAGUGUGGAAAGUGUUUCAGGCAUAAAGUAACCUUUAAUGCCCAUAUGAGAAGUCACACUGGAGAGAGCCCUUACACCUGCAAACUGUGUGGGAAUAGCUUCUCACUAAAAGGUGGUCUUAAAUAUCACAUGAGAAUUCACACUGGAGAGAAGCCUUUCACCUGUGAUCUGUGUGGGAAGAGCUUUAGACUUAAAGCAUCCCUUAAAAGCCACAGGAGAGUUCACACUGGAGAGACUCCUUUCACCUGCAAACUGUGUAGGAAGAGCUUCUCGCAAGAAGGAAAUCUUAAGACUCACAUGAAAAUUCACACUGGAGAGAAGCCUUUCACAUGCCCUCAGUGUGGAAAGAGUUUCAGACAUAAAGUAACCCUUAAAAACCACAUAUGUAUUCACUCAAGAAAGAACUGAAGUUCACAGACAGGAAUCACCUUAAAGCGGAUAUAACACAGUUUUUUUCCAAUCUCAUGUUAAUUUUAAAUACCUGUAGAGUAGAAAUGCAUCCUUCGUAUUUACGAAGUGUCUACAGUUUUAUCUGAUUUACAAAAGACAGAUACAGCUUUACGCUUCUCUCUGAAAACAGUCAGGUUCCAGGAGGCAUGCUGUGGGUGGAGCUGAAGAGUCACAAGCCGUGACACUGACGUAAAACAGGAACAAAUUUUUUUUACCUAAUUUUUAUUUAGGGAUGCAUGAUAUAUCGGCAGCCAUAUCGGUAUCAGCCGAUAAAUGCUAUUUUUAAAGGGGUCAUCGGAUGCCCAUUUUCCACAAGUU